CUCCAUCGUCACAAUUACUGCACACCACUUGCUCACCAUGUAUUCACGACGCAUCGUAUCGCGCCUAUCAUCAUUGGGCACCUCGAACCUGACACGUCCUCUUUCGACCAGCGUAGUGACUGCUGCACCCAAGAGAGCACCUUCGCUCUCAGACGUCGAGCCUGGCAAGGGUCAACUGUUUGACCAGAAAUCACAAGAGUUCCGCGAUGAGUUGGCUGCUGCCCAGAAGAAGCGUGAGCAGGAUGAGAAAUCAAAAGUUCGCGAAACAGAAGACGGCAAGAAGGGCGGCCGCCUCUCCAACCUACUCUACGGCACCCAAGAGGGCCGCGAGAUGGACAAGGAGAUUGAGCGCAGCUUCAGUCAGGUGCUUGCCAGAGGCAAAUAUGUGCAUAGCAUUGUUCUCCAUGAAGUCAAGCCUGACAAGGUCGACGAGUAUGUCGACUUGGUCGGCACGUGGUACCCUCGCAUGGCCAACAUGCCUGAGAAUAAGGUUCACUUGGUAGGAAGUUGGCGAACUGAAGUUGGCGACUGCGAUACCUUUGUCCACAUUUGGGAAUACCAACGUUACGAAGGAUACCACGCAUCUCUACACGCCAUUCAGCACCACCCCGAGUUCCCCGAAUUUGACCGCAAGCUCAAGCCGCUGAUCAACUCGAAAAAGACAUCUCUCAUGCAGGAGUUCUCAUUCUGGCCCACAACCGCUCCUCGCAAGCUUGGUGGUGUCUUUGAGCUCCGUUCAUACACACUCAACCCUGGUAGUCUCUUGGAGUGGGAGACACAUUGGCGCACUGGACUGCGCGCAAGAAAGGAGGUCAUGGAAGGUGUCGGUGCCUGGUUCGUGCAGAUUGGCGAUCUCAACACUGUCCACCACUUGUGGCAGUUCGCAGACCUCGAGGAGAGACGCUCGCGCAGAGAGCAGAGCUGGAGCGUGACCGGCUGGGGUGAAACGGUGCACAAGACUGUACCUUUAAUCCAGACGAUGAAGAGCAGAAUCUUGGUGCCCAUGCCCUGGAGCCCCGUAGCUUAGAGCCGGGGCCAGCAUGACAAGAUCUUGAGACGACAGACGCGAUCGAGCCACAGCAUUCACUGGUCGGGAAGCACCAUCAUUCACAUAGCAUUCAUCGUUCUUGCAGCGAAGGAGACGGCGCAUUUGCCGCAAGCGCUGUACAAACCUCUUUCAUUCGAUUUUAAGGUAG